GUGCUGAGAAGAUGGCGGUGCGUGUAAUGCGGGGCGGUGAGAUUGGAACCGGAGUUAAGGGCGGCCCGGGGAAUCCCGUAGGCGCAGCUGCCAGAGAACAUGUACAGGCGGUCAGCAGAGACUACCUGUCCCAGCCCAGGCUGACUUAUCGCACAGUGUCUGGUGUUAAUGGGCCCCUGGUUAUCCUAGACAAUGUCAAGUUUCCCAGGUACUCCGAGAUUGUUCACCUGACUCUCCCAGAUGGCACAAAGAGGAGUGGGCAGGUACUUGAGGUCAGCGGAUCCAAAGCUGUGGUACAGGUGUUUGAGGGCACAUCUGGCAUUGAUGCAAAGAAAACUUCAUGUGAGUUCUCUGGGGAUAUUCUCAGGACACCAGUAUCCGAGGACAUGUUGGGACGUGUAUUUAAUGGUUCGGGAAAGCCUAUCGAUCGUGGUCCUAGUGUUUUAGCUGAGGAUUAUCUGGAUAUAAUGGGGCAGCCCAUUAAUCCCCAGUGCAGAAUCUACCCUGAAGAGAUGAUCCAAACAGGGAUAUCUGCUAUAGAUGGUAUGAACAGCAUUGCCCGUGGUCAGAAAAUCCCUAUUUUCUCUGCUGCUGGUCUUCCACAUAAUGAGAUUGCAGCUCAGAUCUGUCGCCAAGCAGGCCUGGUGAAGAAAUCUAAAGAUGUGAUGGAUUAUAGUGAGGAUAACUUUGCCAUAGUCUUUGCUGCUAUGGGGGUUAACAUGGAGACUGCUCGAUUCUUCAAGUCUGAUUUUGAGGAGAAUGGUUCCAUGGACAAUGUGUGUCUUUUCCUAAAUUUGGCCAAUGACCCAACAAUUGAACGUAUAAUCACCCCGCGUCUCGCGCUCACCUCUGCGGAAUUCUUGGCUUAUCAGUGUGAGAAGCAUGUGUUGGUUAUCCUGACUGACAUGAGUUCCUAUGCUGAGGCUUUGAGAGAGGUAUCUGCAGCUAGAGAAGAAGUUCCUGGUCGCCGAGGUUUCCCAGGUUAUAUGUACACUGAUCUGGCUACAAUCUAUGAACGAGCUGGGCGUGUGGAGGGGAGAAAUGGUUCUAUUACUCAGAUCCCUAUACUAACCAUGCCUAACGAUGAUAUCACUCACCCCAUUCCUGAUUUGACCGGAUAUAUCACUGAAGGACAGAUUUACGUGGACAGGCAGUUACACAACAGACAGAUCUACCCACCCAUAAAUGUGCUUCCCUCGCUUUCCCGUUUGAUGAAGUCUGCCAUUGGGGAAGGCAUGACAAGAAAGGACCACUCCGAUGUAUCUAAUCAGCUGUAUGCCUGCUAUGCAAUUGGAAAGGAUGUACAAGCCAUGAAGGCCGUAGUUGGAGAGGAGGCUCUGACCUCCGAUGAUCUUCUCUACUUGGAGUUUCUACAGAAAUUUGAAAAGAAUUUCAUUGCGCAAGGUCCAUAUGACAACCGCACAGUUUACGAGACGCUGGAUAUUGGAUGGCAGCUUCUUCGAAUUUUCCCCAAAGAGUUGCUGAAGAGAAUUCCCCAGAGCACCCUUGCAGAAUUCUACCCCCGAGACUCAUCUGCCAAGCACUGAGCAGCCUCACUCAUCUCCACAUGUUCUCUGCCCCUGUACUUACACCACUCCCCUCCAUGUGUGCUGUUCACCGAUCCUUUUCCAUUAUGGGGUCACUCACAGGAAGGGGGCAGCUACUUUGUUUUUGAGAUCAAAGGCACGGAGAUGAAAUAGAAGUACUAUAAAUGCCAAUUUUAUUCCAUACAUUGACAUGACUGGGGGAUUUAUCGGUGCAAGAUCUUGAGCAUUCAGCAUCUAGAUAUUAUCUAAUAACCCUGAUUUUGUGUGUAAGCAUGGUGCAAGAUGGUCCACUAUGUGUUCAUGCUUUGUAGCAUGCAUAUAUUUAUUGUGUAGCUGUGCCUGUUUCUCUUAAAUUCUAGAAACCCCAUGUGACAUAUCUUAGUGAUAUCUAGGCCUUUGCAGCACACUGAUGUUGAUUUUGCCAUCUCCAGCACUCUUUCCUGCUGUCUGACCCAUGCAUCUCACUUUGCUGCCACCUUGUGCCCCAUAGGCACUGCUGUCAACAACUGGUAGAAGAGUGCAGGAAUGCAUUGUCUAUUUUUGGGUCAUUUUUCACCUGCUUACUUUUGGUUCAUCUCUACUCCCUAAUCUAACUUCCUGCAGGAUACAUCUCCCACCCAAUCUACCAUUUUUAUUUGUUCCCAGGCAUCAGAUUUUCUGUCAUCCUUCCCGUUUUGAGAUCAAUGGUUUUAUUUGGACAUGCCUUUCCCAGGCUAUUACUACAAGGGGCAUGUUUUGUGUUAUAUUUUAUGUGAAGUUGGUGCAAUAGUUUGCUGUCUGGUUCAUUCCAUCUGUAUACGGUGUAUAAAUUUAUUGCUGAAUGGCAAAUCAGAGUAAAUAUUACAUUUAAUGUUG